AUGUCUGAUACCGACGGCGACAUUGACGACGAACUCCUCGAACUCGCAGGUGCAACGGAGAAGAAACGAAAGAGACAGUCGUCCAGUUCGAAACCGUCGGUAGUGAAGAAACGCAAGUCCAAUAGUUUGUCCAGUUCCGAGAAUGAACCGGAGAGCGAGGAGGGUGCGGAAGUGAAUCCAUACCCUAUAGAGGGCAAAUACGAGGACGAAUCGGACCGAGAAAGACUACUCGCCAUGCCCGAAGUUGAACGCGAGGCAAUCCUUACUGAGCGCCUGGAGCAAAUGCAGAAAAUCCAGGACAGGCGUAGGCUGCAAGAGAUGAUUAGACAGCAAAAGGGCGCUUCAAAUGACGCCGAUAGCGUGUCAAAAGCAGCCAAACGCCAGCAUGCAGUGAGAGGAGCUACUAAGGAGAAAUCGCGAAAGCUUGACGAGCUGAAGGCAAAACGCAAGGCAAAAGAUGAGAAGAAGCGUGUGCGGACCGACUCUCCGAAGCGGGAUCGUUCUUCAUCACCCAUGGAUAUGGAGACCUCCUCUGGUGAAGAAGAAGACGGCCAAAUAACCAAAUACGAAGAAGAAGAAGAGAGGGAACGCAAGCUGUACUCUAAACAAUCUGACCCCGAUGACGAACCCGUUGCCUUAAGCGAUCUCAGUGCAUGUAGACUCACGCGGGACAUGCUUGCAAAGUAUUGCAUGGCGCCGUGGUUUGAGGACUAUGUCAAAGGUGCCUGGGUCCGCUAUCUCAUUGGCAACGAGGACAACGAGCCAGUGUAUCGAUUAUGCGAAGUUAUAAACCUUGGAGCCAAUCUUGUAAGACCGUACAAGGUAAACGACCAGACGGUCAACCAGAUGCUUGAACUCAAACACGGCAAGUCUGUGAAGAGUUUCACUAUGGACAAAGUAUCGAAUGCGAUAUUUGAUCCGAAAGAAUUUGAGCGGUUGGUGAAGGUUUGUGCCGUCGAUGACGUGAAACUGCCCUCGAAACGGCAGGUAGAGAAAAAGGUUGCACAACUCGAGAAGCUCUCUACACAACCUUACACCGAGAGUGACAUUUCAGCAAUGCUCGCGCGCAAGAACCAAUUGAGUCAUCAACAAAGUGCAGCGGCGAUCACAAUGGAGCGUUCACGUCUUAUGCAAGCCAGAACGUUGGCCAUGCGACGGCAUGACUACACUGAACUUGAGGAUAUCGAAGCAAAGCUCAAGGAACUUCCUGCCCUACAGAAUGUACGGGAAGAGGAGGAAUCCCUUGCCGACAAACUUGCGAAGGUAAAUGAGCGGAAUCGCAAGGCCAAUCUGGAAGCCGUGCGCAGGGCAGAGUUCGAGGCCGAGCGGAAACGCAGAGAACGUAAAUUGGCUGCUGCUGGACUUUCAGGGACAGCCACCCCCGAGUCGAGCGCCAAGCUAAAGGCGACGCCAAGAUUUUUUAAUAACCCAUCUAGGUUCGUCCUUCCUCACCGCAUUACAUGGUCUCACUUACAUUUGACACUGUUAUUCUAUUCGUCUCAUGCCAUCAACAGGUCAGCAACGCCGAAUGGCAGCGCAACUACAACGCCUAUACUAGGAGCGCAAUCAACGCCGGCCGUACGUCCGAUAUCGCCCAUACCGACACCUGUUAUCUCUACGUUGCAAACAUCACCGAGCAAGAGUUUGGAAGCUUCGCUCAUUGAAAGCAUAGAAGUUGACCUUGGUGAUUUCUGA